CACAAGGCCCGUCUCGUUUUCCUGUGCCGUGCAACGGUGGUCAACUCUGAAAAAGAGCAGUUGCUGCUCCUCCAUGGCACUGGUAUUGUCGUGGCGCCGGAGCGCUCCGGGCGGGCAGAGCCAGGGGCGUGCAGCUCAGCGCCGAGCUGGGAGCUGCCUCGCCUGGCCCAGAGCAGGGACUGGGAGUCGGGCUGCGCCUGCUGCGACACUGGUGAGGAGGAGACACCAGGCACUGUUCGAAGGAUUAUUAUCGAGAAUCCUGACCAGGAGCCAUUAUCCCCGUUUCUCAGAGGGGGAAGUUUCUGUCCUGGAAACAAUGUCAUCUAUGAAAAGACAAUAAGAAAAUAUGAGCUAUUAAAUCCCCACCAAGAGAAGCAGUACCAAUUCUCCCAGAUUCCCCAGCAAGCCGAUCACUGCCACGUUGUCCAGCCCUGCCAGCACUCAGAGCAGUCCCAAGUCACUCACCAGUGCCAGCAGACACAGACCAGCAGCCCCUGUGAAAUAAUUCCAGUCUCUGUGAGCGAUGACAGCAGAGGAAGUACAGUGAGGCGGGUAACAGUCCAAACCUGCGAACCGUUUUCAAGAAGCUUUCUGUUAACUGCUGCCUUGGAUUUUGUGUUUCACAGGAACUAUGACGUUGAAUUUACGUGUCAGACCGAAGAUAUUGAAGAUUUAAUUCCUAAAGGACUGUCUGAGGUGACAAAGCAGCAGAUUCGGUAUCUCCUCCAGAUGAGAGUGACAUCAGAUAAAUCUUUGAGACUUGUGCUUUCCACGUUCAAAAAUCUACGUGAAGAGCUCUGCCAUUUGCAGGAUGACCUGGGGAAGUUAGAAACUGACAGUGUCUUACUUAAGAAGGAUUUGGCUUUUAAAGAUUCUCAAGUGAAAGAAUAUGAAGCUAUGUUGACUUCUCUGAGAGAGAAUAAUCGUCAGCAGCAGCAAGGGCUCAGAGACAGUACUGCAAAAUGCCGCUCUCUGGAAGAGCAGCUCCUCUCUCUGCGGCUCAGUGAGGGAGAAAAGGAUUGCCAGCUGAAGGAGCUGGAGUACGGCAAGCGCACCUUGGAGCAAGAGAUCCAGAACCUUAGACUGCAGGUAACAGAGACCUGCUCUAACACAACGCUGCAGACCACCACAGAUGAACUCUCUAGCCGCUACAUAGAGAUGAUCAAUAACCUGAGAGAGGAUAAAGACCGUGAGAUCCGCAGUCUGAGGUCUCAGUUAUGCCAAUUCCAGCAAGAUAUAUCAAGGAGAGACGGCAGCAACAGUGACUUGCAAAUAAGGCUGCACGAACUGACAUCGAUGCUGGAGGAGAAAGAUGCUUUAAUUAAACAACAGCAAGAGUCCCCUGGUGUAACAGCUAUCAUCACCAAGAAGUACAGGAAUCAGUAUCCUAUCCUGGGUCUACUGUCUGACGACUACAAGGUUACAUCACCUGUCAAUAAGUCACAAACUAUUGUAAUUGAGAGGACUGGAGAGAUAUGGAAACAUUGGGAGCUGAAGAAGUCGUCUCCAAACAGAGUACGGCAAAGCGGCAGAAAAAAGUGUUAA